AGCGUUGUAUCGGCUUUCUGAAAGGCUCUCUCUAAAAUCUAUAAAAAUAAAAAAUUUAAAACCGGAUAAAGUUAAUAAUCCACGAUCAUCAAUGGACGAGAGAAACACAAACGCGUUCACCAAAAUCUUACUGAUUGGCGACGUGCGCGGACGCUUCAAUCGACUUUUCCAGCGCGUGGAGCAGGCCAACGGAGGGAUGGAGGGACCCUUCGAUCUCCUCUUCUGUAUCGGCGACUUCUUUGGCGACGAUAAGCAAAACGACGAACUGAUGGAAUACUAUAUAAAUGGAUUUAAACGUAUUCCACUACCUACCUAUGUCCUCGGGCCCACUAAGAAGGAGCAGGCCAAAUAUUACGAAGAUCUGACUGAUGGGGGAAUCUGCCCCAAUCUCCAUUACCUGGGUAAGAGAGGUAUUUACACAACCAGCAACGGGGUGAAAGUGGCCUAUUUAAGCGGUGUGGAAGCCACUGGAACUAAAAACUCCGAGCAUGAGUUUACCAAGGAUGAUGUCAAUGCUGUUAAGAACGCGUGUCUGGAUGCCAAGAAUCGCACAACUGAAUAUCGUGGUGUGGAUGUCCUACUGACCUCUCAAUGGCCCUAUGGGGUGCAGGAGGAACAAAAUGCUUCUGCAUCGAAAUUGAUAGCUUAUCUUUGCCGGGAAAUAAAGCCGCGCUACCACUUCUGUGCCAUCAAUGGCAUCAAUUAUCAUAGCGCGCUCUUCCGUAUGCCCAAGGAUGACACCACCCAAUUGGAGCUAUCUACUCGUUUCAUUCCCUUGGGUGAAGUGGGCAAUGCCAACAAGGCCAAGUACAUUUUUGGUCUGAAACUGAAAUCGGUAGAGAAAUUCCUGUUAAUGGAACUUCUCGAAAAGACAACUGAUGAAAUACCCUCGCCAUUUAUUGGCUUAGAUCUGGAAAAUUCCAAGCGUAAGCUACAACCUGAUGAUCAGAACACAAAAAACCAAAAGCGUCCUAAACUAACUCAAAAUGAUGAAGAAAAAUGCUUGUUCUGUCUAUCAUCACCGGAUGUGGAGAAACAUCUAUUUAUUACCAUUGGCAAGGACUUUUAUCUGGCAUUGUCCAAGUCACCCAUCAACAAGAACCAUGUCGUGAUAGUGUCCACCAAGCAUGUGGCCAGCGCCGCCCAGUUGAGCUCCGAGGAGUGGGAAGAGCUUGGCAAAUUCAAGACGGCACUUAAGGAAUACUUCGGUAGUAUCGGACAAGUUGUGUGCUUCACAGAGGGCCAUUACAAGUCGGUUCAUCUGGUGAUAAAUGCCAUGGCUUUCGAAAAAGAACUCGCAUCGAAGUUGAAGCAAAGCUUUGAGGAAAAAGCCAAGGAUAUUAAUUUGGAAUUCGAAACUUUGGCAGCAUUGAAUUCUCCGAAAAUGCUCCCCAAAAUGGGGACAUAUUUUGUAGCCGAGCUGCCCAACGAUACUACUCUGAUUAUGCGAGAAAUGAAAAAUUGUCCCAUUCACUUUGACAGAGAGGUUUUCUGCUCAAAGAAUCUACUGGAUUGCGAGGAGAAUAUUAAUUAUAACGAUUGCCUCAUGGAAAAAGGCGUAGAAUUGCGUUUCGUAGAAGAGUUCAAAAAUGACUUUGAACCAUUCGACUUUACAGAAUUUUAAAUGAAAAAGUUGUCUUUAUUUACAUAUAUAUAAAAAUAUAAUGUCAUGAUGGUUAUAUAACUGCUGAGGCCAUGCUGACAGAUCAUCCAAAUAA